CCUCUUUUUGCAGUGGAACCGUCUGAGUGAAAGGUGGUCGGUUCCAUCGCAGUGGCUCAUGGGUCAUUGGCGCAUAGUAACACUUGGUAAGAGUGUCGCAGUUUCUCGAACAAAGAUGGACGGAUGGAGGGAGAACCUAUCGAAAACCUUGCCUCUGUCAAUCUCUUAGUUGAAAUUUGAUUGACAUUUGGCUAUCCAAAGUUAUGUAGUAAUGUCUGACGUAGUUGUAGUCGAGGAGUGGACUUUCAAAAUUUUCGAAGAAGUGUCGAAAGGGUACCAAAGUUGUUGAGACCAAAGUUACAAGUCUUUGAAGCAAAUCUAUCGGUCUUGACUGGACUUGCGUACAGAAGUUGACAAGCUCACAUUUGCCUUAGGGUAGCACAAGACUCACUUUGGAAACCAAGGAUCUAAGAGUCUUCACCAAGAUGUCGUCUUUAAUGGAAUCAUUCAACGGUGACUUGUCACCAAGGAGUCACUCUGUAGCUAACUAUACAAAGAAGGAGGCUAUGGAAGACGCAUCAGACGAGGAGAGAGGGGUCCUGAUGCAGAUGCAGGAACAUUUCUACAGGCAGGCUCUCAUGACGGAGAAGGCCAAGUACGACAAGUUUUUCCGAGAAGAGGUGAGUAGAAUGCUGGGGAUAGCCGCCCAGCGCAGACGACAAUAUGGCCUCCCCAAGAAGAGUCACGAGACCUGCGACACCAUCAAGGCCUUGCGCGAGUGGAUCACGUGGGAAACUAAGCGAAUCAGCAUCCACCGCGAUAACGAGGACGAGAAUGACGUCGUCCGCAACCUGCGCAUGCUCCUGAACAGGAUCGACUACGUGAAGAUUCUUUUCUCAGACAUCAAACGAUAUUUGAUCACUCCUCUUCUCACGUACUUUGCGAUCAGUGCAGAGUUUAACGCUGAGCUUUCGUCAGUCAGAAGAGAUCUCAUGAAAGGAAAACAGCAAUGUGAGAAGCUAUUAUCGGACGACUACAAACAAAUCACCGACGGACAAGCCUUCGAAGCCAUACCGAACGAGAAGCGAUUCCCAGUUCUAGUAGUGGUACCCAAAGCGAUAGGAUUCCUCUGCAUAAUCACAGAUCUCACCACAAAAUGGCGGAUCCACUCUCAGUUCGAAAACAAUCUGGACAACUUGUGGACUCGCCGUGCCUCCUUGGACACCCCUCAGAUGCUGCAGUCCAAGAAAGAAGAGAUCACCCACCUCGAGAACAACGUGCAGAUGGCUCAACGAGACUUUGACGAGAUCUCGCGAGACGUGCGGGAGUUCGAACAAGAUGCUAAAGAUUCUCAGUUUAGCAGUCAGUACUCGGGUACGUCUGACAAGUUAGAGCAGGCACAACAUGAAGUCAACAAGCUGCUACAAGAAGAAAGAAAACUUCAAAGAAAAAUCAAGAGCAUGACGGAGCGACUUCGCUCAACAAGAGUAGGGGCUGUUAAAAUAAGAGACAUGUUGAAUCAGUCGAAAGAACAGCUCGCCAAAACACAAGAGAUUUUGCUGACAAAAACUGAGGAGUUUGAAGAGUUGUCAUCAAGAAAGAAAGAAUUUGACGACUCGGAACAGGAGUUCCUUCGAGGAGGCUUCGACCAGAGAAGAGUAGAACUUAUGCAGAUGAAGGAAAGACAGAGACAUGCCAAGAAGAAGUUACGGCAACUAGAGGAGAGGCGUGAGCGGAUAAAGCAGGAUUUCCGGGCGGUGCGUGAGGAGCUGAUCUCUCUGGACACCGAGCACGACAAGGUCACGCAGGACUACGACUACGUCAAGGGCAUCAUGGACACCUCCCUCAAAUCUCUCUGGAGAGAUCAGUCCCCGGAUGCCAUCUCCGUUCUACCCAACAGAAUGACGCGAGAGAAAUUAAAAACGUUUCCGGUCUAUGACAUCCACCAACCCAAAGGAAUCUGCCUGAUUAUCUGUAACGAGAUCGUGCGGAACAAAGCGAAGUGCAGACACAGCGUGAGGAAGGACCUAAGGGGCCUUGCCAGCCUGUUCCGACAGUUCGGCUAUCAAAUCGUCGUUAAGGAGAACCUGACGUCAACACAAAUCGUCGAGGCGCUGAUCUCCCUAUCGGACGAGUACCACGAGUUCAGCGGGCGGUACAGCUCGGUAGUGGUGGUGAUCAUGGCUCAUGGGGACGCCUCGGGUAGACUGGUGGGCACGGACCUGCAACCUGUCUCCGUCAACGAGCUGACGUCACACUUCCAGCACACACGCUGUCCCAGCCUCAUGGGGCAGCCCAAGAUGUUCUUCAUUCAGACUUGCAUGGAGCUUGUCUUGGAAGCACAGCGACUGGGCAACCCCGACGUACCCGGGGACAUCUCACCGAGACGAAACGGCUUCAAGUCAACUUUCAGUCUCAACAGCUUCGGUCCCCUCGUCGUAACGCCCGAAGAGCCGAGACUACCGGACAACAGCGACUUCUUCGUGGCACAGGCGACCGUCUUUCCCCCGCUAACGACCCCCAUACUAACCUCCUCUCUAAUCGUACAAGACAGAUCAUGCUCGCCCGAAAACUGCUUCCUGAACGCCAUGGUUCGAAUCUUCGCCGAGUACGCAUGCGUGGAAGAUUUGCUAAGCAUGAUGGGAAGGGUGGAAGACUGCGUUGCUAGUACGGGCAGCCAUGACAGUUAUACCGGGCGAAGCUCUCCCUUGCAGAUGUCAUACGUCAAACAAACGUUAGGAAAACAGAUCUUCUUCAUGCCUGGGAUGUAAAGUAGGCAUAAUUUGAGCACCCUUUGUGAACUCAGCAUCAAAACAAAGCCUAACAAUAGAUAACCAGUUUUAGUGCGUCCUAUUAAGAGCACAUUGGCCGAAAUAAGCCAUUUCACCAUUUAUAGUGCGCAUGUGCAGACGUGAUGCAUUGUGCUUGAGGACAAAAUUUAAUGGCCUUAUUACUACAAAAAGGAUGACAAUGUACUUCACAAUAUUGACCUUACACUAUUGCACAUCUACACUGAUAAAUUUUAGAUGACUUAAAGUUGGAGUACCAAAAUAUAUUUGCAAGAAGAGUUCAUUGUGUGUCUUUUAAAGACUUAAAGCGCAGCAAAAUGUGAUUAUGGGUCUUUUAAAGACUUAAAUGUAUAACAGACGCAGUCUUAGAAUGUUCCUCUCUGUUUUCAGAAUGUAUAAUGUGUAUAUUCUUCUAUUUCUUGGUAUUGGGAGAGAACUAAAUGAAAUGUAAAUUUAUAUGAUAACCCAAUGUCUUUGCUUGUGAGUUGUAUCAAGAAAAGGCAAAAAAAGUAUAAGCACUUGUAAAUAUGACGAUUCAUUCAAGGCGGACAUCUGAGAAUUUGAAUAAAGAGACCCGCUAUGA